AUGGACGAAUUCGAGGUCUCAUACACUUUAGAUAAUGAACAACAAUUCUGGGAUGAGAUCGAUGACAUCGUUUCUGCGAAAUGUGCCUCUCAUCAAUUAAUUGAUAAUGCGCUGCGAUCCUACCUACAGUUUACAACCAACUUUAAAGAGGAAUAUCUACAAUCAGAAUUCGAGGUCGCAAAAUGUUUGCACAAAUUGAUGCAGAGUGAGCUAUUUGCGGCGAACAAGGACUAUGUGAGGACGCAGAUUGUUUACAGUCUUAUGCAGGAGGAUGUACCAGCUACGCUGCAUGUGAUAACAAGCUUUUUACUAUUCGAUGGACGCAACAAUGAGACAACCUUCGAGAUGAUGAAUAAUGAGGGUUGUUUCCCGAGGUUAUUGGAGUUGGUCAAGAAAGGGAAUAGAGAAGAUCCAACCUUGCAUAGACUCUUAUUGGAACUUUUGUAUGAGAUGUCGAGGAUGCAGAGACUCAGUUUCGAGGACUUGGGCCAGGUGGAUGAUGAAUUCAUUGCAUGUCUCUUUCAAAUAAUUGAAGAGUUGUCGGAUGAUGUUGAUGAUCCUUAUCAUUACCCUGUUAUUCGGAUUUUACUAGUCUUGAAUGAACAGUAUAUGGUUGCUUCUACAUCAGCACUGGAUCCUUCACAUCACCUAACAAAUCGAGUCAUCAAGAUUCUCAGCCACAAGGGGUCAUCAUAUAUGACGUUUGGAGAGAAUAUCAUACUUUUGCUAAACCGCGAGACUGAAACCUCUCUACAACUUCUGAUCCUCAAACUUUUAUACUUACUAUUUACUACCAAAGCUACCUAUGAAUACUUCUACACCAAUGACCUCCGUGUCUUGUUGGACGUCAUUAUUCGUAACCUCCUCGAUAUCCCCAAUGAGUUUGUAUCGCUUCGUCACACAUAUCUUCGAGUCCUUUACCCACUACUUGCACAUACACAAUUACAACAACCACCACACUACAAGAAAGAUGAGAUAGUAAAAGUUCUAAAUAUCCUCGGAGGGUCAGGAAACACACAUUGGGAACCAGCAGACGAAACUACCAUACGACUCGUUGAGCGAGUGGCCAAAGUUCCCUGGCUCCGAGACGACGACAUCAGCGAAGGAGAAGUAGCGCGGAAACUCCUCGGUAUAAGUCUUUCGCCGUCGCAAACCGGCAGCUCGAUAAGUGUUUCGGAUGUAGCUGCUGUUACGGAAAAACCUGGAGUCCAGACACCAAGUCGCAAAGUGGAAAGUGAAAACACUGUACACGAUCAUGAUGCGCCUGCGAUCGCGCCCUCAGAUGAACUCCCGAAGAAAAAGCGUGCCCUGCCUCCGCUUCCACCGGUGAUUAGAGGAAGUAAUACGCAGAAGAAAUUACCACCUAAAACGCCACCGAGGAGGAGGACAAGACUUAAGGCUAUGGCUACGCAACCACCUGAGGCCACGGAGGUUGAGUAA